AUGCUGAUCUACCACAGGACGGUGCAGCUUACUGGCCGGUGGUAUGUACCGUCAGCUUAGGAGCCAGCCUAUGUCUCAAUCUCUAUCGUAGUAAAGAAGACGGCGCAAUCGAUCCGGAACCUGUCUGGAGAAUAUUGCAGGAGCCGCGUAGUCUUCUCAUAACCACCCGGUCGCUCUACACUGACUACUUGCAUGGGAUUGCCGACAUUGAUGAGGACGUUGCCCUCUCGCCCGAAUCCAUUGUUAAUUGGCCCUUACUCAAAUCCCCAGAUACUUUCGCGGAUGGAAUAAACAUCCGCGAGACACGCACUAGCCUCACAUAUCGGGAUGUGCUGAAGGUGUCCCGCCUUGGACUCAAUCCACUCUUCAAAUCUUGA